GACAUCCUCGAUGUAAGGUAUUAGAGAAAUAAAAAAAAGAAACAAAAAAAAAAAACGUUUUUUGCGUUUUUCUCAAAACUAGAAAAAUGGACUUAGCCCAAUUUGGAUUUCAUGCGUCGAUAUGGCCCAUUUUAUUAUGUAAAACACAAUAAUGUGCCCGUUUCCACUGCUAAAAUAUAAUAAUUAAAAUUGUCGUCAUUGCCGUCAUUUCUUUUAUUUGAUUUGUUAGAACUUGUUUUUCGUGAAAUCUUUCCAAGUCUGAGGUUCAUUUUAUUAUAAAAUCAAAGGAGCAUAACUGGCAGCAUAGUUGCUACCUGACAAGCAUAGGAAUGUUUCUGCCAGUUAUAUUUCAUUGAUUAAUCAGUUGUGGUAAUAUUGGUCCUAGUCUACUUUGGUACUGUCUGAAAUCAAUCAAGUGUGAAUAUAGACAGAAUAAUCCCACUCUAACAAAGGAGUUCAAAAGCUGCCUUUUCAUGCUUCAUUAAUUUAAUUUUCAAUUCUGAAUGGAACCAAAUUGUACCAGAUUAGACUAGAAAUUGUCUUGAAGGUGACCAAUAAAUUUAAUUGUUUAAAACAUAUCCCACGCCGAAAAAUAAAACAUGCCUUAAACUAAUAAUUCAUAAUGUUAGGCCACCGGAAAAUCUGGAAAGGAUGAAUUUGUUUUUUUAUUGUCAGUGUCCCCAUACUAUUGAAAUUGAAAAAAAAAAUGUUGACUCAAUGUUUCAUUUUUCUGUGUGGGAUGGGUUUUAAAUUACUAAAGUAAUAUGUAUUCUGUAUUAUUAUUAUUUUUUUAUGUAUUUUGUGAUUAACAUGAAAGCUAAAAAAGAUAUAGCCAUCCCUUUUUAUCACCCUUCCCUUCCAAUGGUAAUUGCAGCAUUCGGAAUGCGUUCGUUAGGCCACUUUAAGAUCUUAAUCAGAGGUGUGCAACAUGCGGACUGUCGGCCACAACCCGGCCCACUGAGCCAUUUAGUGUGAUGUUUUUUGCUCUUGUCACUGCGUUUAAUGUUUUGCCUAGUGCCUUUAUUACUGCGAAGGUAAGAGAUUCUGCAUUUUUGUGUAGCCCACUUAGAUGUCUGAAGUUUGUUACAUGGCCCACCAACAAAAUAUGUUGCGCACUCCUGAUCUAAAUAGCCCAUUUUUGAUGAUUCCCUAUGUUGCCUAGUCACACCUCAGUGAUCUUAAUUCUGGCUGAAUCAAAUAUUACUCAAGUUAACCAGACUUGCAUAUUUUACUCACCUUAUUCACAUUUUUUAAGUAAUUGUGUACAGUUUUUUUCCUCAUUCUAGAAAAUGUUAAACUAUUUUUAAACUUAAAAUAUUAGUCUACUAACAUGGCUACCUCUACUUUAUUCGAUGAUCCUUCAAUUCCGUCGUUUCACGAGUACCCGACACGACGUCCGUUUUUAAACUCUGAUAUAACGAGACCGCCAGGAAAACCAACGAAGUCAUACCCAGAAAGUAACAGUGAAGCCGUUCUAUCAGCAUUGAAAGGUUUGCAAGAAAAAAUCAGGAAACUUGAACUGGAACGAGCACAAGCUGAAAAGAAUUUGAAAUCAUUGGCUACAGAGACAAAUUUAUAUAAGGACCUUUUAUCCUCAAAGCAGUCACCCACAAAAUCUUCAUCAUCCAGUCCAGAGCAGUCACCAGAACCUCGCGUUCCUUUGAGAAAAACUAGAUUUGCUUCUCCAUUGUAUGCUGGAUCACCAAUCAGUCAUUCUAGGAGAGAUGCAGAAGAAGUCGAAUCUCAGCUUCGAGGUGCAGAUACACGAUGCAACGUUUUAGAACGACAACUGGAAAAUAUGAGAAAGAUGGUUCAGAAUGCAGAAAAGGAGAGAAGUGAUGCGUUAGAAAGACAAAUUGCUCUGGAACGAGACAGAGGGAGAAUAACCGCUGAACAUAGACAAGCUCAGGAAAAACUUGCCAAGUUAUCAACAGUAGAAACUCAGUACAAGAGUUUGGCCCAGGAGAAAGCUGCUACAGAGUCUCGGAUCACUGAUUUAGAAGAAAAACUGAAAUACGAAGAGCAUCAGAGGAAACUAUUGGCUGAUAAAGCGGCACAAUUACAAUCAGAGGCUGAAAGCAACCGGAUCCUUUUGAAGACACAAAUUCCAACUCGAGACGCCGGGCCACAAUCUUCUGAGAAACCAAGAAGUACAAAAGCAACAAAGAAAACAACUAAAAAGAAGAAACAAAGACCCCAGUCAGCACCUCAACCACAACAAGCUACCAGAAAAGUUGUUCGUAGACCAGCACCUCAAUUUACCAGGCAAGCAGGACAACCCCACUACAGAUUGAAUCUCGCUGAUGUUCCUUUUGUUACUGGAACGAAUCCUGGAGCUAGUCAUGCAGUGGCUGCAAAUCUUCAGAAAGUUUUAUUUGAUUUGAAACAUCACAAUCCAAUAUAUUGUAACGAUAUAGUUGUGAGUGAGAACAGGAUGGAAGAGGGGAGUAUAGAAGAGCCUUCGAAUCUACCAAACAACACUAGAGGUCGCCCAAGUUCUGCGCCAUCACAAAAAUCGAAGAAAAAGAGAUCAAUGAAACCCCCUCUCCCCCCAUCAAGUACGGAGCAAGAUUUAUCAGAGUUGCUUGUGGCUCUUCAAGAUGAAUUUGGAAAAAUGACUUUUGAACAUCAAGUCCUUGUCAAACAACUCGGAGAAACAACGAAUGGACAACUCAAAGAUGAUUUGGAGAAAGAGCUUGAGUCCGUCGUUCAAAAAAUGGAGCAGAAAGCGGAUCAAAUUGCCACUGUGAGGAGACAUAGAGCUAUUUUAGAAGACAAAAGAAAGAAAACUCCGUCUGAGAAAAUGAACAAACCAACAUGUCCACUUCUCCCACUUCAUCAACAAUAUCCUCAUGUGAGAUCAAGAUCAGCUUCGGGAUCAAGAAUGAAGCAACAAGCUCCAAGCUGUGCUAAUAGGAAAGGAUGCUCUGUUAAAAGUUAUUCUGCGUCGUCAUCGCCAGCAGGUUCUGGCAAACUUCCCGGGGGAGAAACACAUCGGAAUCGACUCGCAUUUCUACAAGACAUGAAGACCGUACACGCAGCACUGAGAAAAGAUGACAUCAGCUGGGACUAAUUUUAAUUACUAAUUAAUUAAUUGAUAAGGGUUUUAGGGGGUUUUCAGAAAGAUAGACAUUCUAUAUUCAGAUAAUUUGUGUUUUAGAAUUAUCUCGCAGUUGAUCUAAUUAAUCAUUUAAUUAAUUUAAAUGUUUAAUAUAUCAGGAAGAUUUAUUUGAAACUGAGAAUUCUAUCCCCAAUAGCUUAUAUAUGGAUCCUAUAUUAAAACUAAUCCCAGGGAAUUGAAAUUAUUUUUAUGCUAUUUUUAAUGGAAAUGGACAUUAGAAAUGGUGAGCAUUUGCAACCAGGUUCAUUUAUAGUAAGACAUGCACAACUGAUGAGUUCCGAUUAUCUUAAGAUAGGAUAAUAGUAAUCUAACUCAACAUGACCUAUAUGAACCUGGUAAGAGCAUUUCAUAUUUGAAAAUAUAAUUUCAGGAAGUAUAUACCUAAGGCCGGAAGUAGAUUAUUACUUAUCGAUUUUAAUCGGUAAGUAUGUUGAUAGAUAUUUGUCUGUCUGUAUG